GGUGCCGGUGUGGCUGUGCGGUCGUGCUCGGGAGCGCGUGUCUCGCUCGGCGUGUCCCUCUGCCUCGGCGCCGCUGUGGCACGGAGCGAGGAGGAGGAAGGUUGCCCGGUGCGGGCGCAUGUGAUGGCUGCUGCCCACGUCUUCUCAGCAAACCUGCCGAGGCGGGCAGGAUCCCGCCUCCCGCAGUGCGGGGCACACCGGGCCGGGCGCUGUGGUGGAGGGGCGCGCUGAGGCGUUCAGGUAGCGAGGGAGGUUGAAAUGUGUGUUUUAAUUAAAAACAUUAAAAAAAGGGAAAAAAAAAAAUCAGCGCAGAGCGCCAGGGAUGUUAGGAAGGAGCCUCAGUCGUGUCGGCGCUGGGAAGUGACGGGAUGGGGCCGCUGGCUCCGCCUGCCGUCAGGAAAGCGUUAACUUGGAGCUGUGCUGCCGGCUGGGGUAACACAGGUCAGAGCGAACCUGGCACAGCACAGCCCGCAGCUAAACAGGUGCACGCGACAAUGCAGAUUCCAGUUUUUACAGUUGAUGCAUUUACAAACCGAGCAUUUUCUGGAAAUCCUGCGGCAGUUUGUCUACUUGAAAAUGACCUGGAUGAAGAUUUGCACCAAAAAAUUGCAACAGAAAUGAACCUUUCAGAAACAGCUUUCAUCAGAAAACUGAAACCUGGAGAUGACUUUACCAAAAGUUCCUGCUUUGGGCUCAGAUGGUUCACCCCAGCCAAUGAAGUUCCUCUCUGUGGUCAUGCUACUCUUGCAUCAGCUGCUGUGUUAUUUCACGUACAAAAAAAUACAAAUUCAGUUCUCACGUUUGUGACACUGAGUGGGGAAUUAAAGGCCAGACAAGUGAAAGAUCAUAUUGUCCUGGACUUGCCACUUUACACAGCCUACCCCCAGGAACUUAAGGAAGUAGAAGAAUUAAUAAAGGCAGCUGUUGGUGACAUGAUUGUUCAAGAUGUCCGUUACUCUCCUGACACAAAGAAACUCUUAGUCCGCCUCAGUGAUACUUAUGAGAGGUCUGUGUUGGAAAACUUGAAAGUGAGUGCACAACGCUUUUUGUCAGUUGAAAAGACAGGAAAAGUGAAAGGACUCAUACUCACUGUUAAGGGAAAUUCCAGUGGAAAAGGCCACGAUUUUUACUCCAGAUAUUUUGCACCUUGGUAUGGAAUUCUGGAAGACCCUGUUACAGGAUCUGCUCAUGCUGUUUUAAGCAGCUACUGGUCAGAGCAGCUGGGGAAGAAAGAAAUGCUUGUUUGUAGAAUUCAGAAGAAAACUCCACUGAAAUCUGAUAGAAUGCUGACUUUCAAGACUCUUGAAAUCCUGAAAUAAUAAGGAAUGAAGAGGAACAAUCACUUCAUGGGAGAAAAAAAGCAAAUACCUAGCUUUCAGAUAUCAAACGUUCAGUCCUUUUGCUGUGUACAUGGAGUGCAGUGAGAUUUUUGCUCUCCUAGCCAUGGCUUAUCGCUGUAUGCUGUUGUACCUGAUGGGAAACAUUGUCCUUUGUGCGUUCUGAGCCAGCAUUAACUAUUAGCAGGCACGACAUUAAGUGUUUCUUUAUUCACAACUGCCUUUCCUGGUAGCUUUUAGAAUACACCCGUCACAUCCAAUUCGUUAGAGCUCACAAAUGUGAUACUUGGGAGAGCUGAAAAUCCGAAACAUCAAAUGUUACCAUGCGCCUAACUAGAACAUCUUAAUCUUUUAAAAUUGCCUUUCUUUUGAUGGGGAAACCUCUGUGGCGUCCUGCUGUCCAUCCAGACAAAAGAGCAGAUGUGGAAUAUGAGCGUGUGCGUGGGCGCUCAGCUGUCUGGGCAGGGUGCAGACCAAGAGAGCUCCAAGAGUUCCUCCUUAAUUUGGAAAGCAGUAAUUGCAACAUCAGCCCUUAGCAUAAACAUUUACUUAAAGUGACUGAGGAUUAUUUAAUUUGCAUAACAGUUAAAUUAUAAAGUAAAAAUCGAAUGGUAAAGAACAAUAAAAUUGAAGUGAGAUCUAUAUAUAUAUAUAGAUUGUAUAUUUUAAAUGUGCAUAUUAUAUAUAUAUAUAUAUAUAUAUAAAUUUGUUUUAAGGUUUCCUUUUCUUUUACUCAUAUACCUGAUCCUUGCCGUUUUUGAGUAAGUUUCAAAUUUCAGCAGAUAAAGAUAACCUUACUGUAAAGUUUUUUUUUUUUAAAAGCAAGUAGAACUGGGCUUACGGAAAAUGUAAAGAUUGAACACAUGUCCUCCCCGCUGAGGUGAAGGCUCUGCUUUCAUGAACAAGUCACUUUGUAGUUCACAGCAUUAUGCACUGCAGUCAUGGACAACCAAACCUUAUGGCUGUUUUUGCCUUUGGAUACUGGAUUAGUCCCAUUAGCUGUAGUGGGAUUACAGAAACACGUGAAAUUAAGCAUAAAUGGGAAAUUAGUAUACAGAACAUCAAAUUAGAAUUCUCAUUUUCUUUCAUAAUGGGAUUUUUGUGAGACUUUUCAUCAUCUAACCUUAUAAAACAUUGUCAUGGAAUAUUUAUGUGACAAUUCUUAUAUAUUUCUAAAAGAAAAGAAACUGAAUCUGCAGCAGUGUAUUUUAAAAUACAGUAUACCCUUAAGGACUUACAAUAUUUGAAAUGCCAUGAGAGUGGAUUUUUGAUUUACAUAACUGAAUACAUGAAAUCUGAAUUCUAUAUAUCAAAAGCAUUUGAUCCAUUAUUUAAAUAAUUUAACUGAUUAGAUAUAUAAUAUUCUGCAUUUAAAUAAUUUAACUGAUUAUAUAUAUUCUAUAUGUAUUUUAUAGAUACAUAUUUAAAUAGAAGUGCUUAGAAGAAGGCACUUAGCUGAGAAAAUGGAAUUGAAAACAUUUUACUAGAUCUGUUAUUAAUUGUGAGAAUUCUUUCUCAUUUUUAUGAAGCAACACUUGACAGUUCAGAUCCUUGAAAAUGUUACUGAAAAUGCUUUCACUUCUUAUUUGUACCUAUUUCCUUGGUGGUUAUAUUUACUUUCUGUAUUUCUUGAGUGCAAAAGUGAAAGUUAAGAAAGCUUUCAAAUAAAUAUGUGGGCUGCAUGGCUCUUACCCCAGAAAUGCUCAUGUGAAGUGCUCUGGAAACUGAUAGGAAG